CCUCCUCCUCCUCUCCUCCUCCUCCUUCCCUCCGUUCUCCUCCUCCUCCCCCUCCUCCCCGGGUCCCCUCUCUGACGGCCCGGCCCCUUCCCCUCGGCAGAGCGGCGCCUCCUCCUCCUCCUCCCGCUCCCGGCUGUGCCGGACAAUAGGGGCGAGCGCGGCGCGUGUCUCCCCCAGCGCGGCCCCCGGCCCUCCAUGCGCGGCGCCGGGCAGCGGGGCUGACAGCGGCUCCCGCCGGCGGCAGCGCGCCUGAGGGAGGCAGGGAGGGAGCGGCGGCGGCCGCGGGCUGCGGGCCGGGACUCGGCGCCCCGGGCGCUGACAGAGCCGUCCCGCUCCGCCGCCUCCCCCUCGCUGCCGCCGGCGGCUCCCGCCGGGCUUUGGCGGCGGCGAAGCACAAAGGCGCGGGGCCCGGCGCGGCCCGGCCCGGCCCCCCGGGGGGCGCGGGGGCGGCGAGGAGGCGCCGGGCCCCCGCGGGGCUUCGCCGCCGGUCCUUCCUCGCUGCGGCGAGCCCUGCGCGGGCAGGUGCGGCGGGCGAGGCCGCUGCCCCGCGGCGGGCCGGCGCACGGAGGCUUCGUCAAUGGAAGUAUGUUACCAGCUGCCCGUGCUGCCGCUGGACAGGCCGGUGCCGCAGCACGUCCUCAGCCGCAGAGGGGCCAUCAGCUUCAGCUCCAGCUCCGCGCUCUUCGGCUGCCCCAACCCCCGGCAGCUCUCGCAGAGACGUGGAGCAAUUUCCUAUGACAGCUCUGAUCAGACUGCGUUGUACAUUCGUAUGCUAGGCUCUUGUGUAAUAUUCAAACAGCUGAGCACAAGAGAUGUGCGAGUAAGAAGUCGGGCAGGAUUUGAAACAGAGAGAAGAGGUUCUCAUCCAUACAUUGAUUUCCGUAUUUUUCACUCAAAUUCUGAAAUUGAGGUCUCUGUGUCUGCAAGAAAUGUGAGAAGGUUGCUUAGUUUCCAGCGAUACCUGAGAUCUUCCCGUUUUUUCCGUGGUAUCACUGUUCCAAAUUCUUCAAACAUUUUAGACGAUGAUUAUAAUGGACAAGCAAAGUGUAUGCUGGAGAAGGUUGGAAAUUGGAAUUUUGAUAUUUUUCUUUUUGAUAGACUGACAAAUGGAAACAGUCUAGUCAGCUUAACCUUUCAUCUGUUUAAUCUACAUGGACUAAUUGAACACUUCCAAUUAGAUACGAUGAAACUUCGUAGAUUUUUGGUUAUGGUUCAAGAAGAUUAUCACAGUCAAAAUCCUUAUCAUAAUGCAGUUCAUGCUGCUGAUGUGACUCAGGCCAUGCACUGUUACUUAAAAGAGCCCAAGCUUUCCAAGUCUUUAACUCCAUGGGAUAUCCUGCUUAGUUUAAUAGCAGCUGCCACACAUGAUUUGGAUCACCCAGGCGUUAACCAACCUUUCCUAAUUAAAACAAAUCAUUAUUUAGCGACUUUAUAUAAGAAUACCUCAGUAUUAGAGAACCAUCACUGGAGAUCGGCAGUGGGGUUGCUGAGAGAAUCUGGUUUAUUUGCACAUAUGUCAUUAGAAAACAGGCAGCUGAUGGAGAGCCAGAUAGGUGAUCUCAUUCUUGCCACAGACAUCAGUCAACAAAACCAGUACCUGUCCAUGUUCCGGUCCCAUUUGGAUAGAGGAGAUCUAUGUCUGGAGAACGCAAACCACCGUCACUUCAUCUUACAGAUGGCUUUGAAGUGUGCAGAUAUUUGUAACCCCUGUCGGACAUGGGAGCUGAGCAAGCAGUGGAGUGAAAAAGUAACAGAGGAGUUCUUCCAUCAAGGUGAUAUCGAAAAAAAAUAUCACUUGGGCGUGAGUCCACUUUGUGACCGACAGACAGAAACUAUUGCUAACAUCCAGAUUGGUUUUAUGACUUACUUAGUGGAACCACUGUUUGGGGAAUGGGCCCGGUUUUCCAACACGAGGCUGUCACAGACAAUGCUUGGCCACCUGGGACUGAACAAGGCGAGCUGGAAGGGAGUGCAGAGGGAACAGUCGGGCAGCGGUGACGACGUUGACCCCGCUUUUGAGGAAAUGGACUCAGACAUUUUACCUCAGGAACCUCGAUUGUCCUGACCUCAAUCUCCAUGACAAAACUGCCUCUUCCCUCGGUAUCCGCACGGUUGGAUUAAAGGAGACACAUGCCAGCCCAAGGUUUUGGUAGAAUGGUAAAAUGAUGCCAGCAUUAUUUAUUUCCAAGUUUUCCUUUGACACAGACCAUUUGACCCAGAAUUUUUUAAGCCGCCAGACCUGAACAUAGAGCAAUAUGCACCCGCCUCAGCUGGUUGUCGUUCGGAACCUCGAAUAUGCAAAGCACAGCAGCGACUGAGCCUUGGAGCAACGGGACGAAAGCAUCGCCGUGCCCCAUGGCUUGGGUUUUCUCAUGAUAUUUGGAAUACGGUCUUCAAAUCCAAGACUUCACAUGGAUUGUUCCACUCCCUUGGAAUUUAGCAAGACUUGCAUAAAUGUGUUCAAAGCAUACCUUCCACUCAGUCCCUGUUUUAAUACGGAAAUGUGAAGUGCCCAUCCUCUGCUGCCUCUGGCAAGACUUGAUGUUUACAAAUGUACUCUGAAACUGUCGGUUCUAGACUUAACCUUUGCGCAUGGCUGUGAAGGAACCACUAACUUGGGUUUUUUGCUUUUUUAAAAGAAAAAGAUCAAAUUUGAGACUGCAGCUCUUGUUUCUUUGGAUGCCAGAAAAGCCUCCCAUUUGCCAUAAUUUUGUUUGUGCACUGGGAACUGAGCAUUCAUCAUAGAGCACAGCCAAGCUUUACUCCAGUGCUAUAUGGGAAUGCAAUUUUUUAACAGCGAAAAAACACUUCUGAAUCUGGGAAGGGAAGGGGUGGGGGGGAAGCGUCCGAACUGCAUUGCGAUUCUGCAGUGGGAACAUCGCAUGUUGUUCUCACUCUUGUACACUUGAACUGCACAUGCAAGAAAAAGGUGGAAUGUCUAAACACCAUAAUCAGCUCAGGGUAUUUGCCAAUCUGAAAUAAAGUGGGAUGGGAAGCGUGUCCUUCAGAACAAGGGUACAAAUGCCCCUUUCGCUGCAGCGUGUGUGUAUGUGUGGGUGUGUGAGUACGUGUGGGACGGGGAGGGCGGGAGGGCUCGGGGAAGGGUUUGAACGGCAACAUUUUUUCUUUUUCUUUUUUUUUUUUAAUUUAUUCUUUUAGAAUGUGACAAUUUCAUGAACAGCCACACUGGGGAGGAAACUGUAACAAAUUGCUACAGAUGCCUUAAACUAUGCACAAAGCUAAGUGACCAAAUUUGUUUUUGAUUUGAAAAAAAAAUAAUAAAAAAAAGUGCAUUGUUUACGUAUUCCUCCCUCUACUGAAACAUUACCCACUGAUGGGUUUUUGAUGGGAAAAGGAGAAAAUGUUUUUUAGGACAAAAUUAAAGGACUAAUUUUAAACUUAAAACAUUCCAUUUUUGUAAUUUGUUUUACAUUGUUUUAAGUACAGUAAGCACAACUGUAAUCUAGUUUGAGAAACUGGUGCUUUCUUUUAGUUCAUUUGUAUUUCCCUGUUAUUAUUGUAAAAGACUGUUUAUUAAUUCUGUUUACAGUUUGUUGCAACAGCCAUUUUUGGAAGAGAGCUUCAGCGUAAAGCCAUUUGUAAAGGCUUUGCCAUAUUCAUUUUAAUAUGUGCCUGUUGCUGUUAACUUUUAAUUAAUAAAACAAAAUCUUUUCACAUUAUGCUCCUGUACAUUUAAGUUAUGACUGAGUCCAGCGUUGUGGAAAGGUAGCUAAGGUUGCAGUCAGCUUCCACUGUAAAACUAAGCCAACUUUUGGAUUUGAAAAUACUAGUCCUCGUAUGCCAAAAUUUAUUGCCUCUCGGAGCUUGGCCUUUUACCGUUUGAAAAGCAAAUCCUGACUUACCUGAUUGUUUCCCUUCUAAAACUGUUUAUUAUUCUUUCAUGUUCCCUGAAGUAGUAUCAUUAAUCUCAAAGUGGCCAUGUUUAAAGAAAUAAAUUUCUAAUGAAACCA